AUGGAUAUCAAAGAAGAAAUUAAUAUAAAAAAAGAAAUAGAUAUCAAAAAAGAAAUGGAUAAUAUAGAAGAAACAGAUAUUCAAGAUGAUUGUUCGCUCGACCUCAUUGAUAUAAAGACCUUAAAUGAAGCCCAGCAAUAUCCUAAUAAUAUUAAUGUCAAAUUUGAGAAAUAUUCAGAAGAUUUAAUCGGACCUUCAACUUCAUCAGCUGACAUCAAGCAAGAAGUUGGCAUUGAUACAAAUACCCUACUGGACUCUAGUAAUGAAAUAUUCAUAAAAGAGGAGCCUGAAGAAGAAAACUCGGCAGAUUCAUUCCAAUGCGAUAUUUGUUUUUGCAAAUUCACACUGAGAUCAAGUUUGAAACGGCAUUUAGUGAUACACUCCAAUGAAUUUGCUUAUGAAUGUGAUAUUUGCCAUUUGAAAUUUAAACGGAAAGAGUAUUUGGAUAGACAUUUAGUAAAACAUUCGGAUAAAUUUGAGUUUAAGUGUAAAAUCUGUCAAAAAGAAUUUAAGCGGAAACAAGGGCUAGACAGGCAUUUAAUAUCACAUUCAGAUAAAUACGAAUUUAAUUGUAAUCUUUGUCACAAAAUAUUUAAACGGAAAACUGAUUUAAAAAAUCAUUUGUUAACACAUUCAAAUAAAUUUCCGUUCGAAUGUAACAUUUGUAAUGAAAAAUUUAAAAGGAAAAUGGAUUUAAAAUACCAUUCGAUGAAACAUUCGGAAGCAGAUUAUUUGGAAUGUGAAGUUUGUCAUAAGAAAUUUAUACGGAAAGAAUAUUUAAAACGACAUUUUUCCAGACAUGUGACGAAAAAUUGGAGCGAACCCGCUGAAAACAAGAAAAGGGAAUUAGUUAUUGUAUUAAAGAAUUGUUUAGAUGAAAAUAAAAUAGUGAAAUAG